AAUUUUAACGGAUGUGAUCGCCUCGACAACGAUGAAAGAUGCUCCAUAUCCUCAGGAAUAUGCUCAUGUUCCCAUAUUGCAUAUUUGCGAAUUCUGUUUGAAAUAUAUGAAAACGGAGGCGAUUUUGGCGCAACAUAUGGUGAGUUUUCCAGCUUGGGAUGUGCGCAUCUAUUUAAACGCAUCCAUCUAAAUUUGUUCCACCUUCUUUGGAGUGCAGCCUUUAGCCUUAGUUUUUUCCUAAUAAGUGUUGGUGGCUGUUUUUUUUUCUUUAAAAAAUGUGAAUGGCGCCAUCCGCCUGGUAAUGAGAUCUAUCGUAACAAUAAUGUUUCUGUAUUCGAAGUGGAUGGCAAUGUUUCAAGAAUAUACUGCCAAAACCUGUGUUUGAUUGCAAAAUUAUUUCUCGACCAUAAAACGUUAUACUAUGAUGUGGAACCCUUUCUAUUUUACGUUGUCACCAAGAAUGACGAAUACGGAUUUCAUUUAGUUGGAUAUUUCUCGAAGGAAAAAUACAGCCAACAGAAGUUCAACUUAUCCUGCAUUGUAACCUUGCCAUGUUUUCAAAAACAGGGAUUCGGCCGCUUUCUUAUAGAUUUUAGUUUUCUACUAUCGCGUCGUGAACAUAUGAUGGGCACGCCAGAGCGACCAUUGUCGGAUUUGGGCAGAAUUUCUUAUGCAAGUUACUGGAGGACUGCCUUAUUUGAAUACAUACACGAACACGUGCCGAAAAAUAGCACAAAGAAGUUGUUGCUCACUGGUGAGCUUUUCACUGCCUUUCUAUUUUUAAACGACCUAUUGAUUGCUACGAUCAAUCGCUCCUUCUCCCCUUUCAGCCCUUUACUCUCAUUUUGUUUGCCAUCGGUUUCGUUGUAUACUUUGUUCAAUAACUAUUUAUUUCUUUUUAAAGAUCUCGCAAAAGCCACUGGUAUAGCUGUGCACGACAUCGUUGAAGUUUUCGAUGCGUUACGAUGGUUCCAAAAGCAAAACGGCAGGUGGGAAAUGUUGAUUUUAAACCAGGCUUUGGGUUCAAUUUCAGUUCAUUCUAGGUUAGCAUCUGCUUAG